GUGGCCUGCUGAGGAAGGGGGAGAGCUUUUGAAUCCUUUAACAAGGUAUACUCCACAGCCCUUCAUGACACAUCUUUCCAUCAUAUCAAAAGGAGCCUAGCUAAGGAACACUGGAAUUGAUGCCAAAAGAGGAAGUCACCAAGAAUGGAAACUGAAAGCCAGAGAGAUCAGACAGACUAGGAUAAGGCCCAGCCAGAAAGCUAAUCUUUCAGAGGAGGCGAGUAACUGCCGUGGGUAUGUCACCAGUACAGAUCUGGGGCUAACACGUGUGUCUGAGGGUGUAAAUGUCAGAAGAGCUGGCACUGAUGGACACAUAGACCCCACAGCGUCAACUGAUCCAUGAGAAGCGGAUCCAUGAUGGCCUCAGUGAGAAACACUAUCUCUUUCUCAGCCUCUCUACAGAAAGCCCACGUGGUUUUGCAUGUGGCUAGGAGUCUGCUUCAGACUUGCACUCUCCUGAUGGUGGCCCCACGGCUGGGGUUAGUGCCAGGACACUUGUGUGUCAGGUUAGUGACCAAGUUGCUUGUGGGGACAGUUCUUCUCCCACACAUCCACUGUCACCUGGGACCGGUCCAUUACUCUUCCUACGAAAUAGUCAUUCCCGAGAGCCUGACAGUCAAGGGAAGCCAAGACCCGGGGGGAAGGACAUCUUAUAUGUUACUUAUACAAGGCCACAAGCAGCUGAUCCACCUGAAGGUAAAGAGAGACUAUUUCGUGGAUGAUUUUCCAGUCUAUUCUUACCACAAUGGCAACGUACGGCAAGAAACACCCUCCAUCGCACGCGACUGUCACUAUGAAGGCUACAUAGAAGGAGCGUCGAGUUCUUUUGUGUCUGUCAGUGCCUGUUCAGGUCUCAGGGGUAUCCUGAUUAAGGAGAACACAUCCUAUGGCAUUGAGCCCAUACUCUCCUCCCAGCGGUUUGAGCAUGUGUUAUACACCAUGGCACGUCAAGCUCCAGUCUCCUGCAGAGCCUCUGCCAAAGACAGCCAGGCGGUGUCCACCAGCUGGCAGCAAGGCAGCAGGAAGCCUCACAGUGUACAGGCACUGUCCUCCUACCUGUGGGUGCACACCAAGUACGUGGAGAUGUUUGUCGUGGUCAACAACCAGCGGUUCCAGAUGUGGGGCAGCGAUGUCAACGAGACAGUGCAGAGAGUGGUGGACAUCAUUGCCCUGGCCAACAUCUUUACUCGAGGAAUAAACACAGAGGUGGUACUGGCUGGGGUGGAGGUCUGGACCGAGGGGGACCUGAUAGAGGUCCCAGUGGACCUGCGAGUUACACUCAGGAACUUCAAUCGCUGGAGACAAGACAAGCUCUUGCCUCGUGUGAGGCACGACGUUGCCCACAUGAUCGUUGGGCAUCACCCUGGAGAGACCUCAGGUCAGGCAUUUCUGAAUGGAGCCUGUUCAAGUGGUUUUGCAGCGGCUGUCGAAGCUUUCCACCACGAAGAUGCCCUCCUGUCUGCAGCGCUCCUGGUGCACGAGCUAGGGCACAACCUGGGUAUUCGGCAUGACCACUCGGCCUGCGUCUGUAGAGAUAAGCACUCCUGUCUCAUGCAGGAAAAUAUCACUGAAGAAAGUGGCUUCAGCAACUGCAGCUCUGACUACUUCUACCAUUUCCUUCAUGAACACAGAGGGGCCUGCCUAUUUAAUAAGCCGUGGCACAAAGCUCGCAGGCGCAGGGCUGCCACGUGUGGAAACGGUGUGGUGGAGGAGUCAGAGCAAUGUGACUGUGGCGUUAACUGUGAUACGAGCGAGUGCUGUGACCAAGCCUGUAAUCUUAAGGGAAACGCGACGUGUAGUAACGAACUCUGCUGUUCUGAUUGCCAAUAUAAAAACUCGGGCUAUUUGUGCCGUCCUUCUGUGGGACCAUGUGACCUCCCUGAGUACUGCACUGGUCAAUCUGGAAAGUGCCCUCUAGACACAUACAAACAAGAUGGUACCCCAUGUAAUGAGGGAUUCUUCUGUGUAAGUAAGGGGUGCACGGACCCUGGUAUUCAAUGCGCAACCUAUUUUGGGCAUGGUGCCAGGUCUGCCCCAGAUGCAUGUUACACUACAUUGAACAGCAUAGGGAAUAUAUUUGGAAACUGUGGUCAAUCAGGUAAUCCGACCACCUAUGUUGGGUGUUCAGGUGAUAGUACAAAGUGUGGGAAACUCAUAUGUACAGGUAUUUCUUCAAUACCUCCAAUCAGAGCUCUAUUUGCAGCGAUCCAGAUCCCUCAUGGAGAUGACUGGUGCUGGAGCAUUAGUAACUUUGGGGAUCCUGCGUCCUCCCCCACAGAAGGAGCUGUGUCAGCAGGCACGUCUUGCGCUUCAGGCAAAGCGUGUGUAAAUGCCCAGUGUUCUACUUUCACACUUGACACUGCUAACUGUAGUGCAGCUGAAAUGUGUAAUGAGAAUGGAAUUUGCAACAAUUUAGGGCACUGCCACUGUGGAGAUGGUUUUGCUCCCCCCAACUGCAAAGAACAAGGAACUGGAGGUAGUAUAGAUAGUGGUCCCCCUCCCCCUUCUAGUACACCUACUGCACCUCCUAAACCAACCCAAACGACAAAAGCAUCAAGUGAAAACUUAGCAUUAAUUGGCCUGAUAAUUUUGGUAAUACUAUUACUACUUCUAGUUAUUUGUGCUAUCUGCCUUGGUAUACCUGCUGAAGAAGCUCCUCCACCACCAGAAGAGGAAGAAGCAGGGGAACUGGAAGAAGAACCAGAACCAGAACCAGAACCGGAGGAGGAGGAAGCAGCAGAGGAGGAAGACUAGAGUGAUAACUGGUGGAAGGGCAAAGCCAAAUAUAUCAAAUUCCUCAAGUGAUUACUAGGAAUGAGAAGCUCAGGGAAGCAAAAGUUCAGUGGGAACUGACAGCUCUAAUGGCUCUAACUAGGACUCUAUACUCUAAAAAGACACCACUGUAAGAGGACCUAUUCCUCCAUGUUUCUCAUCUAAGUAAAUAAAUUCUUGUUUACCUAGCAUAUUAAAAACAACUUUUUGUUUUUCACAUUUAAUUAAAUUCAUUACAUGCAUAUUUGGACAUUAAUGUCCUUGUGCCUUUGGGCUAUUUUUUUCAGUCACCAGCAACUGUUUUUCAGGGCAUGCUAUCUUCCAUGCAAGUUUGUGAUAUGUAGUAGUAUUUGUUCCUGAAUUUAUUACUAUCUAUGAGAUUUUCAUUUCUUAUAACAAUAACAUAUUUUGUAAGGAUAACUGUUCAUGGGACUGACUGUUUCAACUUGGCCUAUUAAGUGUACAUUCAUUGAGUGAGGUUUUAAAUGCAAUAAUAAAACUGUUAUUCAAGUUA